AUGCCGCGAUGCCGCGAUGAUUCCAGGAGGGGGGCAGCGCGGGUUAACAAGUUUAGUGGAGCAUCUGACGACGUAAGCGAAGUUCAAAAGUUGUACCGAUGUCCGCGCAAGAUGAGCGUCAGACGUGGCGUCGACAGACCGACUGUCGGUGAGCGUCGGCACGGCGCGCGCGGCGACAUCGCGCAAUGGGCGGUCUGGAGCACGCCCCGCCCGCCGGCCCGCCUACCCGCCACCACGCCCACCUGA